CUUAUCGAUCACACUUCGGUAAUUAAUCUUCUUCUGAUUAAAAUGCAAAAUUUAAUUAAUCAAACAGCCAGAAUUAAAUGUGGUUAUUAAUCAUUAAUAAAACAAGGUAGCGCUGAUUGCAAUCUAAAAUUUUUUUCAAUAAUAAUGAUUAAUGAUAUUUUUGAGAUCUUCGCAUAUGAUAAAAACAAACAAUAUCGGAGAAAUUAAUAUGUUGUAGAAUUUAUCGCACCGAGUAUUUCGAUUUCCUUGCAUUCGUGUAUUUUUCAAACAAUAUGAUGGAUUAAAUAUGUAGUCUUAUGCAACUGGUUCUACACAAUACAUUUAUGUUGAUAAAAAUAGAAUAACACGUACUAGUAAACCUCAGACGCAUGUUUGUUCCACGUUUCAAAGAUAUAGGUACAUAUCGUACACACACAAGAUAUAAGUACACAUCGUGUUUUUCAAUGUGUAUUGCAAAGUAAGAACAGCUACUAUGUCGUUUAGACGGAGUUUUAUUUUUGCGAUGUUGUUAAUCUCAUUGGAGUUUGGCAAACAUUCAUCAUCGUUUUUGCUACUACGAUCCUAUUAUCUUUUUUCACGGUAUUGUUAUUUUAAACACGCAUCUUUUUCAGCAUUGCGCAAUUUCGUGUCUACUAAAUACGACUUACUCUUUCGAGCAUGCAGUAAAGAAAUUUACUAUCAUUUAAAAAGUAAGAAAACAUACGUAGUUUCGAAUUUUGUUUGCACCGUAACGUUGAACCUGCAACGGCAUAACUGCAUAACGGUAAUCUACUCACGGAACGAUUAACGAACUAUCAUCCACUAUCUUGAAACAGUAAUAAUAAUUUCUUAUGAAAUCACGGCGUUAAAUAUUAAUUCUGUUUCCAUACGAAGAUUAGAGAAAGAACACGGUAAGACACAAUUUCCAUAUUUUGCAGGGGAACAGUUUUAAAAUACAUUACUUGGAUUGUUAUCAUAUCCAUGUUAUCACAAUUAUCUUUUUAUUUAAUUUUGGCACAAACGUUUUUCCGCCCUUCUCGCCACAAACAUCUCUUUUGUUAACAAGAUUAAUAUAUUAAAAGAUAUUAAAAUAUUGUUUGUCUUAAGUUACAUAUACCUUUGCCUUCUACAAUAUUUCCUCAACUAUAUCACUGGAUUUAAAAGAUCCUUUCCGCUAUUAGCUACUACAUAUUAAAAUAUUCCUUUUUCUAAAUUAUAAAAUGUCAUUAAAAUAGAAAUAUUAAUAAAAACGAGCUGAUUGUUUUUUAUUUUCCGGCUGCGUAAUGGAUUCCUCCUCGAAAUCGGCGGUACCGUUAAGUGAUCAGCAUCGGCAAGCAUCGUUUCUCUUUGGUUCACGCACGUGCAAUCAGAGACACGCCCGCUGACGUUUUCCGGUUUAUAUUUGCUCGUAAAUAAAUACGCAUUGUUUUCUAUCGUCGAAAUAAAUGAGCUAAUUUAUAUAGCGAGACAUAAGCAAAAAAAAUAUACAUGUGAUAAAUCCUGACGGUGAUUUUGUAGCAGUGCGAUUAGAUUACUAGCAGAUAGAAACCAAAUAUAACCAAGAUAUUUAUUUCACGAGACUUUUGCUGUCCUCGAAUCGCAUUUGUCGAUACAGACGGUGUAUUAUCGGUUGCAUAUUUAUUUACGUGGUAUGCAAAGUGUUAUAAAUUUUACAUAAUUAUUAGCCUGUGGAUAUUUAUAUAAAUUCAUACUUUUACGAACUAAAGAAACUAUGUAACUGCUAAGGAAAUGCUAUUUAAGCAGAAAAUUUUGGUCGUCAUUCGUAAUAAGCGCUAUAGGUACUUCGAGUAUUUUAUAUAUCUUCGCAUCUUUGGUGCAUUCAAUGAACUUUUAUGAGUCUAAAUCCUCUAAAUAAAAGUAUACAUAUUAUUUCAUCUUAACUUUCAAAUACGCAAUUUCAAGUUUUAAAUAAACAGAUUAAAUAUUAAAAAAAAAAAAAUUAAAAACCGAAUAUAUUUUCUUAAAGAGGAAGAAGCAACAAAUCUACAAAUAUCAAUGAUGUGAAGGAGAAAGAGAACCGGUUUUUAUUAAAGAUGAUGAUCGUGCGUGAUUGACCUAAGUCUUGGAAUGAUUCCCGGUCGGUGGCAUAGUUUCGAUGCGCUCGACACACGUCCCUACUAACUAGACACACGUUCGAUGACCAUACAUGUUCAUCCCGAUGACCGGGACCAUACGUGGCGUCCCACAUACUCACAGUUCCAUCCUACUGCCAUACGUCGAGGCCGUACCAACGGUAUCGGAACGAUUCAUUAAAAAUUCAUGCUGUCCUUGACUUUUUCUCGAUAAUUUUUCGUUCUUCUACUAACUACUUUAUCGUUCAUAGGAUCCACGUAUGCGACUCGAAUCAAAUUUCAUUGAAAUUUUUCGUGUUUUUUAGUUCCAAGAGGUUAAAUUAUUGCAACGAGCAAUUACUAUCGUUGAUGAAUGAAUGCCCAAACCACGAUGAAUGAUGCCAAAAACAUCGUCUCUAUUAAUCCUGUCUAGUAUUUGUGAAGUGGCUUGUUAUUCAAGCCAGUUGUUCCAGCCUUCGACUCUGAUCAUUAGCAGCGAGACGCCUUAAUGUGGAAUGCAUUAAUAAGAAAUAGAUAGUACAACUAACACAAUAUGAAUGUCAUUUACCGUGUCAUUCACGUACGUCAUAUCUAUUCUCGUAUAUGUAUUAUGUCUCAUGUACAAUGAUACUCACGAACAGAAUGAAUCCAGCAUAUUUCAGGGUCGCCGAUGACAUAGAUCCUACAACUUUUCUAAGCUGUUCAAGUCUAUAGUUCUUACACGUUUCUUAUGUCUCUAGUUUCUUACCUAUUAAUAAAUUCAUUACCAACAAGCUGAUAUCUUAGUUACAUGUUUCAACUUUUUGUUCCACGUCGAGUCGUAAAGGCAGAAUUUAAGAAGACUUUCAAGUAAACAUAACCCCAAUCGUGUCGUACAACCAAUAUCGUAUAAUCUUCGUAACAGUGAACACAAUGGGAAGAAAUCGGUUCAUUUGAAUGGUGAAUUUCGGUCAGGGUGAUACGUACUUAGUCGUUCAGUAAUUUUCUUCGACAGAGCGUGAAAAGAAAACGCGCGAAAAAAGUUAGACAGUAGCCGAACGGAAAACACGUGCAUAUGGAACAAACUGUCAUCGAUACUGUUGCUAACCUCGCUAAGAUGAACGUUUGUUAUUCUUGUCGAACGAACUACAGUAGAAUCUUGAUUAUUCGAACUGAUCACGACACACGUUGUUUGAGUAAUUGAAUUUUCCAGGUAAUAGAAUAAUUCUUUUUCCACGUGAUCAUUUAUUUGAAAUAUUUCUAAUAUUUAUAAUAUUCCAUAAAUAUUAUCAAUCGUAUUUUGUCCGCAUAUGUAUAAUAUGUAUAAUAUAAAUAAAAACGUCACAGUUUCUUUGAAUUUUUAUUCUUAUCUUCAAAUAUUUCUCGUAAAGUAUUAUCUUUAAACAUUCUAUCAAUGAUCGAUCGUUUUGCUAAUCGUGGUCCUGAUAAUAACAUCGUACUGCAUUCCUUACAUCGUGUAAGAUAUUAUUGAGAAAUUUCGAGAAAUCAAUAAUACUCGUAUUACUAGAUACUUGAAAAAUACUCGACGGAUAGAAACACUCGAAGGAUAUGAAUUUUAGCUAGUUCACAGACGAACAAAACACAAGGAAUUGUGCAAUAUCGAUCACGACGACGAUUACAGAGUUCUAGGUUCACGAGUGUCUAUGGUGUAUAAGCUGUUCACCAAGCAUAUCGCCUUGUGCAACAAGUUAUGCAGUAAACUCGGUAAACACACGCAAAUACCUACCUUAUACGCAAGGACAAGCUGCGCCUCGCAGCACAGAGAAAGAGACUCGAGUGGCAAAUUCAUGUCAUAUAAAUCUUUUCUCCAUGUUUGUGAAAGUAUAAGCCAAUUGAUUAGAUCACACGGUGAAUCUUAUAGAUAUAUCGAAUAUGGGCGUCGAUUUAUAUUUCUUCUUCUUAUUGGUUUUGCGAUCUUGGACGAUAUCUAUGUGUACUUGCAAUUGUAUUGCACGACCUAAUCUCUUAGAAUGACGCAAACUGUGAUGAAGAAAGAUGUGAUUUACAUGGGAGUAUAAAAUAUUUACGUAUACAACAUGGGAAAGGAAAUACAAGAAAUACGACGUAAGAAAUAGUUAACGCGUUACAAGGAAUAUUUGUCGACACGCAAAAUACUAUUCAAGUUCUUCUAUAUCACACUCGUGUCAGAGUUAAAUCCGUAACGUUAUUUAGCGCGGUUUAUAUUACUAAUUACGCAGUUAUUUCUCUAUAACCGGUGUGCAUUUCAUUAUGAUCGAACAAGCGCGAUAGCGUACGUUGGCUCAUUGAAAUUACGUAAUCGUUUAAUAAAUCGUAAUGUUGCACAAAUUGAUUUAUAGAUAAACAGAGACCUGUAUCGCGAACAGUGGCCUUUUAAACAGAAAAAAAGUUACAACAGCCCGUGAACUAGCGUAAAUCCUGAUAAUUUUGAAAGUAUUUGCCAAUUUAAACGAGUGGAACGAACACGAGGCGUAUCGAUCUACGCGAAUCGAUCGACGUUUCUUUUUCAUAUAAGUCACAGUUUCCGGUGCCAUUUAUUGCCAAGAAUGAAAAGCAUAAUUAUUCGCUGCUCGGAAGUUACGAGUCCAAGUCGUUCGUCUCCGAUUGUAAAAGUAUUAUUUCUGGAACCUUAAGAUAAAGCGGAGAACUUGUUAGAGUCAUCACUGUUUUAAGAAGUAUACGUCAUUUCCCUGACAGAAUUAUACUAAAGUUUAGCGCUAUAGUUUUAGAAAUGACGCGUGAAACAAGCCGAUAAAUGAUAUGACUGUAGUUUUAACAUCGUUGUUCCCUUACACAAUAAUAUCCCAACUUUUACAAGUAAUGUCUAUUAAUAAACUGAUAAGUUGCGCGUUGUUUUCUAGCGAUGACUCGAAUCGGAUGACUUGUAAGAAUUAAUAAAAUUUACUUUUAAAAUUUCCUUUACUUUAUUGCCAAAUUCGUUACUGUUAUCCAAGAGAAUUUAUCAAUACCAAUCACUGUUCUUUCGAACUCAUCUAACAUGUGAUUUAUCGUCAUAAUUUAAAUCCUGAACUAGAAAACACCCUGUUUUACAUAACUCUGUUUCACAUAAUGAUGCUUUUCUCAGGAUUUCUUCUUAAUUUCGAUUAAUUGAUCGUGACGCGAUGAAUAAAAAAUCUAGCUUUGUAAACUGUUAGUCCAAACUGUAGGUAGUAGCCACUUACUAAUCGUACACGAAUAGCGCAUGUGUGUCGUAAGGUUUCUCCUCGAGUUAUAUCUUAUCUGCUAUUUCGAAGUACUGACUUAGCAUUUCGAUUAAUUAUCUGGACUUUAAGUAAGCGGUUUCGUACAUGCACGAAUGACAAUCACGUUACACAUACGUCUGCAAAUGAAUGCCUCCGAAUUGCUGAGAAAUUUUUACACACACACACGCGCGCGUAUACGUUUUUUAUUUACAAAUAUCUUUUAUCACGUUAAUUGAGUUUAUUGUGCUAUUUCCGCCGUAAACACUUUUUCCACUUAUUUGAUAAACUCGUCUGACACUCAGCGAUAGUAGCCAAUAACCUAAUUCAUGUAUUAUUUCAGUAAUUCGCGUUCUCAUUCAUCACCAUUGACUCGACGAUGGAAACUUCGAAUUUAGUAGAACACUUGUUGCUAAGUUUAGAAGAGCAUUCGCUUCCACGAAAAUUUUCUUCGUUACACAUCCGCCCGCCUUCUCUGUAUGUUUCAUUCAAGUCAAAUUUGUUGCACGUUUUUACGGCAAUUAAGUUUUCGGGCCAAUUAAGCUUGUCGAAUGUUAAGAGACUCCUGAAGCUUCAACGAAAUAUGGAAAAGCCUCGUACGAAACCGUUACAAGUCCUUACGUUUGCCGAUACGUUGCAAAAGCGAAAACUAUCGUUAUCGGAAUGCAGCGGCAAAUGUGUGCGCCGUCAAUGCGAUGAUGUCAUGUUUCAGUUCCCUGCUCAUCAAUUGCAUAUCUACUACAUAGUUUAAGUGAAUGGGGCUAAAGCGGUUCGCUAUCAUUUUUAUUACGACCAUUAAUGUUAUGUAUGUAUAUUAAAAGUGGCGCAUUAAUGCUCGUAGAUCGUUCCCCCAAUGAAUAAUGCAGAUGCCUGACCUAUAUUUCCUAACAGCUAGUUAUCCUCUUUUAAAGUUAUUUUAGGAAUUGUCGUUAUUUCGUUUCAAAAACAUCAUACCGAUAUUAAAGAAUAGAAAUUAAAUAAAAGAAAACACAAGCUAUUUCUAAGCAAAUCGAACGAUUAUGUCGCUAAUAUUUUAAUAACUUGUACGGUCGUUGCAUAAGCUAUCGAUGUUAGGAAUUCUCAGUCGAACGUUUAUCGCGGUCGACGACGUUUUCAAACGAGUGAAAGUGAAAUUCUUCCUUCGGUAUACAGUUCCAAUCAGCGUUCCAAUCCUUCGCACUUUCGCGCCCGUUCACCCUUUCAUACAUUCCAGCCUCUCGUAUAUUAUAAACAUUCGUAUCUAAAUUUCAUGCCAACAAGGUUCGCGCGUUAUUUUUACUUCUUCGCAACACUAAACGCUUUGUCGUGACUGAUUUAUAUCUAGUAGGUUAAAUUCGUAGAUUGUUCAUAGUUGACGAGUACGAGGGAAGGAAUAUGACUAGUCGCAUGAGGAGAGUAUCAAAUGGAAUAAAAUACGACGUCGAGUGUAGCUCGAAUCAAGGCCGCGCAGCUUUAAAUAUAACUUUCUUUAGGUGAACGAUUUUCAUUUGCGACAAAUAACAGCUAGAAAGAAAUCUAACGUAGGAUGAUCGAAGUCGGUUGGUUUCUAGGAUAUAAGAAAGUUUGAUCGAUGCUUGGUAUCUCUAAUGACUCUAACCGAGUAUCGUACCGGACAGUCGUAAAGAAAGACGAGAUGCGAAGGAAAGCGGUUAAGUAUCCGCACGGGUGGACGCUAGUCGACGAAAAUAUCGAGAAUGUAGAACGCGUGAAGCUCGAUCCCAAGACGCAACGAGAACUAGGUUGUUUGGUCGGCGAACACGUGUUCCUGGAAUAUCCGUGGGCGUAUGUGCGCCGAGACGUUGUCGCAAAGUUCGCUAAAUCACCUGAUUCCUCACUGGCGGUUUUUCGAGAACAUAUCGAAAUUUACGAGGCUGAUACGUUCCUUGUAGGCUAUUCGUCUACCGAGUUGAAGUCCGACGAAUUUGUGAUUUGUCUCACAGAAGAAGCGAGGGACCUUGUACGACAACGAAAUAGAAAUAUUACUCGUAUUAUUUGGAAAAAAGUUAUCGGCAAAGUAAUAAAGACUGUUAAACCGUGGAACUCUUUAGGUAGUGACCUGGAAGUAGAGGAAACAUUCGUGAGGAACACGAGAGAAUAUUUUGAAAUAGAAAUCGUAUUACCUGGAAGAUUUCUGAAUUCUUGUCGAACGUUAUGCGAUAGAAGCGCUAAUGACUUUAGGGACAGUUAUGUUCAGCUGAUCAACGAAGACGAGAAAUUCGAAAACGUCGAUAGAAAAUGCAUUUGCAGGGCUGUCCAGACGUAUAUGCAACCUCGUGAAACAUUUGUUCAAACGUGCCCCGAGUAUCCUAAAAAUGCAUGGACUCAAUACGCGUGCGAAGACAUUUUGAGCGAGUUUAUGGUUGGAAAUAACGAAGAAGAGGGACAGUUAAAAGAAGGAUCGGAAAAAGAUGACGACGAUCGGCCACAAAGAGAGGACGCUAUUCAAUGCAAGGAAAUCGAGAAACCCAGGGAAAAAACAGCUUUAGAAUUAUUUUUAGAAGCUCGUUCGCAACAAAUGAUAGACGCAAUUAAAUAUAACGCAGCUGUUAAUUUGCACGUGGAUGAUAUUGAAAAUUUAUCUAAUCGAGAAGAAGAUAUCUCAACAGUCUUCAAUACGCCUGCAUUUCAUGAACAGGCGUCGUUCACAGAUUUCAAUUUUACAGCCAAUAGAACUGUUUCUGACGUUUCGUUGCAUCCAAAAUUCGCGGAAUACUUAGCGAUUUCGUACAUCAGCAAAUCGAGAUUUUCUGAACAAACUCGAAUGAACGAAUGCAGAAACAAGACCGAAUUUCAAACCAGAGUGCUCCUUUGGAAAUUAAACGAUCCACUUCGUCCACAGCUUGCACUUCAGGACCACAGAGAAAUUUACUCCAUUUCGUUUUGCCCUUACGACGAUAAUCUUUUAAUAGGAGGUCGUUCCACUGGUCAGAUAGUUAUCUGGAACAUCAAAGAGUUUUUAAAUAAUCUCGACGACGGAAAUAUAAAACUUGGAACGUCGACACGGAACAGUUUACCAGUGUUUCGUCCUAUCGUUGUUUCGGACAAGCAUCGUUCUCAUCAGCUACCUGUUCGAAACAUUCGGUGGAUACCUGCCAAAUAUAACACAGAGCCAGAUGGAAGCUUGACAAAGCCAUUCGUUUCUUCUGACGUGCAACUACUAACCGCUUCCGAAGACGGCACGAUAGCAGUUUGGAAUAUUUCUCUUCGUUCGAGACACUCUAUUCGCAAUGAUGAAGAUUCUGACGAACCUCUUCGCCCGAGUUUUCGUAUAAAAAUUCAAACUGUCGAUGAAAAGCCACGGUUUACUUCUUUAUGUUUCUGCUUUCCACCUAUCGUCGCUGAACACGGUGAAAAUUCGCCGGAUAUGAAUAAAAAUGACGUAAGAGAGAAGGAUUGCAUAACGAAAUAUCUAUGGAUAGGUUGCGUAGAAGGGUUGAUAACUUGCGCAUGGGAAAAGCAAAUAUUCGAAAAAAAUUCAACAGACAUUAUCGAAUGCGAUAUGUUAAACUGUUCUUACGCACACAAUGGCCCUGUUGUAGAGAUCACGCGGUCGGCACAUCUUCAGAACGUGCUCCUGACAGUCGGUGGACGAGUGUUUGCCAUUUGGGACGACGAUCAUAUCGAUUCUCCUUUAUUUUGGAGAACAACUUCCUCUCGUUAUACGAGUUGUUGUUGGGCUAACGAACCUGGGGUAUUUUUGGUCGGCAGCCAAGACGGGAACCUUGAGAUGUGGGAUAUAAAGAACGAAUCGACCCAGCCGAUAUUUACCCAAAUCGUUUCAUUGGAACCAAUUACUUAUCUAACCUUGUUAGAAUCUCCUGUAUUAUAUAACGAUGGUUUCAAGAAGAUAGGCGUAGGCGAUGGUGGUGGAUUGUUUCGUGUGUUCACGGAAGCAGAGGUUUCUCGUAACGAAACGAUAGAAAGAAUGGAUUGGUUCGAACAAUAUACUUGGAAAGAGACACGAAGGAAAAAACUUUUCACCAGUUGGCAGAACGAUUUUCUCAAUAACGAUCCCGCUAUAGUCGCGAAAAAAUUAGCAAGGCACGAGGAACAAGUUAAAAGAGAGGCGAAAGAGGCGAGAGAAAGACUUAGGAGAGAACAGGAGACAAGGUUGAGGUUGCAAGCGGAGAAAAGGGCGCGAAGCGUUCCGAUUCCAAAAGACGUCGCGUGGAAAUCCAAGGAGUUCGACAGAAUGAAAGAAGUUCUUUUGAGUAAAAGGAAUUUAGUUCCCUCGGAACUCGAAGCAAAGAGGAUUCCUUUCGUCGCUUUGCAAGCUGAAAGAGACGCGAAAUUGGGGAAAGUUCAAGAUAAGAUCGCUCAUAGGGAUGUUUAUUUGUUCAAUACAUUGUCUGCAAAAUUUCCUGAACUACUCGAAACGAAAGCAGAAGCCCCGGAAUUCGAGGAAUUUAUUCCGGUAGAACUGGGAAAAUCGCUUAAUUAUUACGUUCAGAAAUUUACUGAAAUACGAUGUAAAGCUAACGAAGCAUUAGAAAACAAUUUGGCUUCUUAGGCUGUUCGUGUUUUUCUUCUAUUCAUAUGCGGUAACAAGUAAAAGCAGUGGUAAAUUGAUCAUUAAUAGAUAAACUUAUCUAUGGUACUUCUAAAGUGUAAACGUGGGAGUUCCGUGUGGGUCAUUAAAAAAAUUCGUAUAAUGUCCUCGAACAUUCCAAAUUUAAUAUUACAUGCCAUAACAUGUUUGACAAAUAAUUUAUGUAAAUAGACAAUUAUACAGCUAAUAUGAACCAGAUAAAUGGGAUCCUCCAUAGCAAAUAAUACAACUAGAACGUAAAAAGUGCAGUGUCGUGUUCGAAUUAGUUUAAACAUGAAAAUCCCAUAUGUAAACAAUGAGGAUUGAAAUAUCGAUUCGACAUUAAAAAUCAUUAAAUUAAAGGAAUGCGUGUUUCAAUUGGUUUCAGGGUUUUGGUAUAAUAUGUAUGUCAUGUGCUUCACCGG